AUGGCCAGGUUCUGCGAGGCCCUGCUGCUGCUGGUAGCCACUGUGGCCCUUGUGUCCAGAGGAGUCCACGCCUGGGGCUCAGUGAAGGUGGUGAGGACAUUCCAAGAUAUCCCUCCGAACUACGUCUAUGUGCAGCAGGCACUCUGGUUCGCCAUGAAGGAGUACAACAAGGCCAGCAGGGACAAGUUCCGCUUUAGGGCGCUGACGAUUCUAAAGAGCCAGGAGCAGGUGACAGACAGCUUGGAGUACUAUAUUGAGGUCAAAAUUGCCCGAACAAUUUGCAAGAAAAUUUCAGAAGAUGAAAACUGUGCAUUUCAAAAGGAUCCUAAAAUGCAAAAGAUGGUUUUUUGUACCUUUAUUGUUGCAUCCAAACCAUGGAAAUUUGAACUCACCAUGCUGAAGAAACAUUGCAAAGAUAUGUAGGAAUCUUCUAGCGUGUUCUGCCAUACUCAUUUCCAUUUUAAAGAGGAAGAAAAGACACUUGCAAGAACUGGAACAACACAGUUAACCCACUGACCUCAUUUGUUUGGCCUUUUUGCUUUUGUGUUCUUCGUGGGCUGAUGUUGAAAAUUUGUGGUGUGUUUUGACGGCAUCAUACAGCCUGUUCUAGCUGGAUACUUCACCUACUAGCUGGGAUAAUCUGCUACCAAUAAAUGGAAGCUGUUUCUACACCUC